AUGCGUCUGUCCACCCUAGCCCAGGUGUUGUUCACCACCACGACCCUCGCCCUGGAUGCAUCCCUCGGAUCCACCCUGAACGUGACCGUGCUUGGUGCGCGCCACAAUCGCUCCACACUCGAGUGUUGGGCUCUGAAGCCCGGCUUUGAGACAUCUUCCGAAGCCGGUACUUCUGGUUCAUCGGUCCUAGAUUUAGGUUCUGUGACUGGAAAUGCGACAUUUACGACUUUGCCCGCUGGGUUCGAUGGCGAGGCGCGGGUAGAGGGUGGUAAGAACGGAGCUAUCCUCGCACUUGACACUGCCGAUGUCAGUGCCCUGGGCCACUACACCACUUAUCCCUCGAAGGAGCGAACAGUGGCCCUGGAAAUCCCCCUCGGCGAGGCAGGAGCCCCCUAG